CCCUUGAGUCCUUGUCCAUAAUUGAUCAUCACCAAUUAUUCUCACUUACUAGAGCCAAUUUCUAGUCAUACACUUUCAAAAUGCUUAUUUCACCUUAUCUUAUCCAUAUUUUGCUAUGCAUAUUUCUCUUCCUUUUUAGCACUGAUGGAACCCAAGUCAUUCUAGUAAACAACUGCAAGGAAAGCAUAUGGCCCGGUAUUCUCGGUGGUGCAGGACAGACUACGUUAAAAGAUGGCGGGUUUCACCUCAGCACUGGCCAGCAAAUUGUCCUCGACGUGCCUGACAAGUGGUCGGGGAGAAUAUGGGGGAGACAGAACUGUCAUUUUGACGAAAAUGGGAAAGGAAAAUGUGAUACUGGCAAUUGUGGUGACCAGUUACAAUGCCGGGGGCUAGGAGGUGAGCCCCCCGCUACUGUAGUGGAAAUGACACUAGGCUCAUCGACUUCACCCUUACAUUUCUACGAUGUAAGCUUAGUCGAUGGGUUCAACUUGCCAGUGUCGAUGAAACCUGUGGGAGGAGGUGUUGGCUGUGGCGUAGCGGAAUGUGAAGCUGAUUUAAACAUAUGUUGUCCAUCAGCACUUGAAGUGAAAUCUGGAGACAGAGUAGUUGGUUGCAAAAGUGCUUGUUUGGCUAUACAAUCACCAAAGUAUUGUUGUACAGGACAAUAUGCAGAUCCUAAAACUUGCAAGCCAACUGUUUUUGCAAAUCUAUUUAAAGCAAUUUGCCCAAAGGCUUAUAGCUAUGCAUUUGAUGAUUCUUCCAGCCUUUAUACAUGUAGGGCUCCACGAUAUCUCGUAACUUUCUGUCCUCCCAAGUGAGGGCUUAUAUAUGUUGUUUACGUAAUCCCCCUGUAAUUUAACACUAUGUUGUUCAGAUUCUCCAGAAAUGUUGUUGCACCUGUGUCACAGAUCCUUCAAAAAUACAUUACUUUUGGAGGAUCAGAUACACAUUCAAUGGUAUUUUUGAGAACUCGCGAGCAACAUAUAUUUAGGAUGUGACUGAAGAGUCACUUCCCUCCUAUUAAAGGAUACUUUGUUGUCUAUUUUUUGUUUUUCAGUUUUAAUGGGAAAAAAGUAGUUUAAAUUAA